CAAUUCGCCCUCAUUCUUGAAAGGGCAUACGGAUUUCAGUUUCUUUUCCUUCUGUUUCAUUGAUUUAUCAAGAUUCGCAAAUUUCAAUGUUUUGUUCCAUAUUUAAAAAGUUUACUGAAAGACCCAUCUUUUCUUUGUCUUGAUUGUAAGAUUAUUGUGGUGUUUACCCACAAAAAAGAGGAUGUAUGGAACUCAAAGCAAGAGGGAUUUGUCCUUUGAAAUCCAAUCGCAAAUGACCAUUUUGAGACCAAGCAUUCAUGCAAGAAGGGCAAAUAUAGUUGUAAAGUUUCAAGAUCUUUAUGGGUUUACCGUGGAAGGCAAUGUUGAUGACGUGAACAUAUUGAAUGAAGUAAGAGAGAAGGUGAGGCAACAGGGUAAGGUUUGGUGGUCACUUGAAGCUAACAAAGGUGCAAAUUGGUAUCUCCAAACCUAUGUAUCUUCAGCCCUUAAAUCAUCCCUCAAGUUUUCAGUUUUAGUGAAUGCCAUAACCCUCAAGAGGCUAAUUAGGAAAGGGAUCCCUCCAGUUUUGAGGCCUAAAGUUUGGUUUUCUUUAUCUGGGGCAGCUAAGAAGAAAUCAACUGUGCCUGAUAGCUAUUAUAGGGAUCUGACAAUAGCUGUUGAGGGCAAGGUCACCCCUGCCACCAAGCAGAUAGAUCAUGAUCUGCCACGAACUUUUCCUGGUCAUCCAUGGUUGGACACACCGGAUGGUCAUGCUGCUCUGAGACGUGUUCUUGUAGUGUACUCUUUUCGUGAUUCUGAUGUUGGUUAUUGUCAGGGUUUAAAUUACGUUGCAGCAUUGUUGUUGCUUGUGAUGAAAACAGAAGAAGAGGCUUUUUGGAUGUUGGCAGUUUUGUUGGAAAAUGUAUUAGUUAACGAUUGCUACACAAACAACCUAUCAGGGUGCCAUGUUGAACAACGGGUUUUCAAAGGUUUGCUGGCUAAAGAAUGUCCGAGGGUAUCUGCCCAUUUAGAAGCUUUAGAGUUUGAUGUCUCGCUUGUUGCCACCGAGUGGUUUCUUUGCCUCUUUUCCAAGAGCCUGCCUUCAGAGACGACCAUGCGAGUGUGGGAUGUGCUAUUUUACGAAGGAGCAAAGGUUUUGUUUAAUGUGGCUCUCGCGAUGUUCAAGAUGAAGGAAUUAGAGUUGCUCACAAUGCACCAUAUCGGGGAUGUACUCAACAUCAUACAUAAUACAACCCAUCAUCUAUUCGAUCCUGAUGAGUUACUAACGGUUGCGUUUGAUAAGAUCAGCUUCAUGACUACAACGAAUAUAUCAAGGCAAAGGAAGAAGCAAGAACCAGCGGUGAUGGCUGAACUUGGGCAGAGGUUGAGACGGCUAAAUACGACUAAUAUGGAUGUCAACACCCGACUUCCGUGAUCCAGGUCAUAAACUGUGAUCUACGUGAAGAUAUCAUAUGAUUGAUAAUGGGCCAAUGUCAUUCGUCGAGAUGCUUGAGGAAUUGGUUCGCUGUUUUAGGCGCAAAAUAUGUAAAUUCUGAAGGACUUGAGGGUGUUGCCCGAUUGAUCUCCGUUUGAUUUAUGUUGUUCGAGCAACAACUAUCCGUGGUUCACUGGCUCUAGCAUAUGUAAACCUAUCGUAUUCUUUUUAAAAUUCGAAACCAGAUAUCGGUAUUGACUUUUUAAGGUCAAACAAAUGGGUUCCUUGCUGUGGUUAUGAGUAAAUGGAAUGGAAACUCUGCUCAUUGUUUAA